AUGGCUCCCUCGUCUAUAAUUGGACUAUGGGCAAGCCUGACCUGGAUUGCCCAGGCCGGCUGCCCCUAUGCAGACCCAGCAGCGCUGCGUCCUCGAGGGGAACACAAGGAAGAUUAUCUGGCACAAUUUUCGGUUGAUGACCAGGACAAGUUCCUCACAUCCGACGUCGGCGGCCCAAUAGGGGAUCAAAGAAGUCUGAAGGCUGGUGCGCGAGGCUCGACGCUUCUCGAGGACUUUGUCUUUCGUCAGAAAAUAACACAUUUCGAUCACGAGCGUGUUCCAGAACGUGCCGUCCAUGCCAGGGGCGCAGGCGCUCACGGCACCUUUACAAGCUUUGGUGACUUCAGCAACAUUACAUCGGCGUCGUUUCUUAACUCUGCUGGCAAACAGACUCCAGUGUUUGUACGCUUUUCUACCGUGGCUGGCUCGAGAGGCAGUGCGGACAGCGCAAGAGACGUGCACGGAUUUGCCACGAGAUUCUACACCGACGAGGGCAAUUUUGAUAUUGUUGGAAAUAAUGUACCGGUUUUCUUCAUUCAGGACGCCAUUCAAUUUCCUGAUUUGGUUCAUGCCGUCAAGCCCAGCCCAGACAAGGAGAUACCAACUGCAGCGACCGCUCAUGAUUCGGCUUGGGACUUUUUCAGUCAACAAUCGAGCUCAUUACAUGCUCUGUUCUGGGCCAUGUCAGGCUAUGGAAUUCCGCGGUCGUAUCGCCAUAUGGAUGGCUUCGGAGUCCAUACGUUCCGCAUGGUUACUGACGAUGGCGAGUCAAAACUGGUCAAGUUCCACUUCAAGACCAAGCAGGGCAAAGCAAGCUUGGUUUGGGAAGAGGCUCAAGUCCUGUCAGGCAAGAAUCCUGACUUUCACCGACAAGAUCUUUGGGAUGCCAUCGAGGCUGGCCACGGGCCCGAAUGGGAGUUUGGAGUUCAAGUUGUCAAUGAGGAGGAUGCCCUGAGAUUCGGCUUCGAUAUGCUUGAUCCGACCAAGAUUCUUCCAGAGGAUCUUGUGCCUGUUCAUCCUCUAGGGCUUCUCAAGCUUGAUCGAAAUCCUGUCAACUAUUUCGCCGAGACGGAGCAAAUCAUGGCAAGUCGUAUAGGCCACCUGAGACCGCAGACAAGCUUUCAACCUGGACACCUCGUCAGGGGUAUCGACUUCACUGAGGAUCCUCUUCUGCAGGGCCGCGUGUUUUCGUACCUUGAUACUCAGCUUAACCGUCAUAAUGGACCCAACUUUGAGCAACUUCCCAUCAACAGGCCAAGGGUUAGUGUCCACAACAACAAUCGGGACGGUGCCGGGCAGAAUUUUAUCCACAAGAACAUUCAUCCUUAUACACCCAGUGCUCUGAAUGAGUUCCCGAAACAGGCAAGCAACGACCAAGGUAGAGGUUUUAUGACAGCACCUCGGCGCAGGACUCAGGAUGCAGCGCUUGUUCGUGAGCUCUCUGAGACUUUUGAUGACCAUUGGACACAGCCGCGUCUGUUUUGGAACAGUAUCACACCUGCCGAGCAACAAAUUUUGGUCAACGCAAUACGCUUUGAAACUAGCAACAUAUUGAAUAUGCACGUUCGGCAAAAUGUGCUUCAGCAGCUCAACCGUAUUAGUGACGAACUGGCAAGGCGCGUUGCUCAAGCACUCGGCAUGGAGGCGCCCGUCCCCGAGCCAGCUUUCUACCACGAAAAUACCACAGUAGGAUUGUCAAUUUUCGGCAAUAAGCUGCCCACAAUCAAAACGCUUAGGGUCGCUGUCCUUGCCAGCACCGCAAAUGGUGCCUCACUUGCGCAGGCAGCCGAUCUGAAGGCACGCUUCAUGGAGGAUGGUGUCAUAGUCUCGGUGCUCGGCGAAAUCCAGGCCGAAGGCGUCGAUAUCACUUAUUCACAAUCCGACGCUACAGUCUUUGACGGCAUCAUCGUCGCGGGCGGUGCCGAGGGUCUUGUAGCCAAGGAUGCACCGCCGUCGGCACUCUUCCCUAUCGGCAGACCGCAACAGCUCGUCGUUGACAGCUUUCGAUGGGGGAAGCCGAUUGGACUGGCCGCUGCUUCGGAUGACUCGGCGAACAUCCUCAGCAGUCUGGGGGCAACUGGUGCUGGUGUCUUUAGUGGUGAUGGCCUCGAUGUGCUGGUUAACGACUUCAAGGAGGGGCUGUCAACAUAUAAGUUUAUUGAGAGGUUCCCGACGGACUCAUGA